CGGGCCUGGGGGGUGACAGUGGCCCCCGGCGCAGGUGCGGAUGUACUCCCGGACCAUCGCCAUCAUCGGGGGCUUCCUCAUCCUGGCCAGCGGCGCGGGUGAGCUCUACCGCCAAAAGCCACGGAGCCGCUCCCUCCAGUCCACAGGGCAGGUCUUCCUCGGCAUCUACCUCAUCUGCCAGGCCUACUCCCUGCAGCACAGCAAGGAGGACCGCCUGGCUUACCUGAACCACCUCCUGGGGGGGGAACUGGCCCUUCAGCUCCUCUUCAUCCUCUACGGUCUCCUGGCCCUGGCUUUCCUCUCGGGCUACUAUGUGCGGGCGGCGGCGCAGGUGCUGGCGGUGCUGCUGCCCCUCGCCAUCCUUCUCAUCGACGGCAACAUUGCCUACUGGCACGACUCGCGCCGUGUCGAGUUCUGGAACCAGAUGAAACUCAUCGGCCAAAAUGUCGGCAUUUUCGGAGCCGUCGUCAUCCUGGCUACCGACGGUUGAGCAGGGGUAGCCACUGGGACUGGGGCCUGGGGUGGGGAGGGACACAUACACACACACACAAUAAUGGGGGGUACUCUUUUUUUUUUUUUUAAAGAGUCACCACUAUUUAUUUUUUUUUUAAUUAUUAUUUUUUAUUUGUAAAUAUUUGAUAAUUUUGAUGGAGAAUAGAGUGGGCGCUGCCCUGGGGGAGCCAGGAUGGUGGGGGGGGGUCCUGCCUUGUGGGGUGCUGGCCACUGUGUGGCCAGGCCC